UAAAUCUAUAAGUAGUUAAAGCAUUACUUAUUACGUUUUUCAGGCAAGGAGCUUAAUAAACACAUGACAUUUCAGAUGAAAUAAAACAAGAUGUCAGGAAUAAGACGUGCAGGAUUUUCUUUAAUUUUCUUUGAAAAGCAAAUGCUUUACAAUGAGUCUAUUUGUUUAAAAUAAUUAAUUUCAUUUACAGGGAAAUGUGAGUCUCAAGUAGUAUUUCCUUGACACAGCUGACACAGCUUUGGACUUUGUUGCUGUUUGAUAACAUGUUCUGUGCUCCCUACAUUAUUCACUAACAUCACCAGCAUUUGGUCAGAAACCAGCAAGUACAGCUUUUUCAUAGGAGAGAGGGUUGAUGUCAGCAAAAGAGCAAUUGAACAAGUGCAACCACUAUGGAAAUGAAUAAAGUUGGAGUUUCAAAUCAUGCAUUUUCUGAGGAUGAAACUGCAUCAAAUGACGAUUAUUCAGUAGUAAUUGAAGCACCCCCAGAAAACCCAAAAACAGAUGUUUGGAGUAAAGUGUCCAAACCAUUUGAUGCAUCUGAAAAAUUUAUCAAAAAACACAGAAACAUUCUGAAGUAUAUUGUUAUUGGGAUACUCUGUGCAGGCUUUGCUGCAUACUUUAUAGCAGCAUGUGUUCUGAAUUUCAACCGUGCUGUGGCAUUGGUGGUGAUAACAUGUGUGGUGCUUUUCUUCCUUGGUUACGAUCUGGUAAAGAAAUUGUAUGGGAAACAUAUAAUGCGGUUUUUGAGACCUGUCGGAAGUUGCCUGAAAAAGAAUAAGAAAUGGUUGAAGUGGGUAUUCUGCAUAUUGGUUUUAGCUGGUCUUAUUGCUUGGCUGGUCAUAGACACUUCCAAAAGGCCAGAACAGCUUAUUUCAUUUGGAGGAGUCUGUAUGUUCAUCCUCAUCCUCUUUGUCUUAUCUAAGCAUCACCGUGCGGUAUCUUGGAGAGCAGUGUUCUGGGGGCUUGGACUUGAGUUUGUCCUAGGAAUUUUCAUCAUCCGUACUGAACCUGGAUAUCAGGCCUUUAAGUUUGUUGGUGAACAAAUUCAGAUUUUCCUGAAUUAUACAACUGCUGGCUCAGGAUUUGUGUUUGGAACUGCACUUAUACAGGAUGUGUUUGCUUUUCAGGCUCUUCCUAUUGUGGUCUUCUUCAGCUGUGUGAUGUCUGUACUGUACUAUGUUGGCCUCAUGCAGUAUGUUAUCCUUAAGAUAUCGUGGCUCAUGCAGAUUACUAUGGGGACCACUGCUACAGAAUCGUUAAGUGUAGCUGGCAACAUUUUUGUUGGACAGACAGAAGCUCCACUGUUAAUCCGCCCUUAUUUACCAGACAUGACCAAAUCAGAAAUCCAUGCUGUGAUGACUGGGGGAUUUGGUACCAUUGCAGGCAGUGUACUGGGUGCCUAUAUUUCUUUUGGGAUUGAUGCAUCUUCACUAAUUGCUGCCUCUGUCAUGGCUGCUCCCUGUGCCCUUGCACUUUCUAAGCUGGUUUAUCCUGAGACUGAAGAAUCGAAAUUCAAAAAUGAAGAAGGUGUAAUAAUAGAGAAAGGAGAAGAGCGAAAUGUGCUUGAAGCAGCCAGUAAUGGAGCUUCUGCAUCAGUUGGUUUAGUAGCCAACAUUGCUGCCAAUUUGAUUGCAUUCAUGGCUCUACUUGAGUUUAUUAAUGCAGCGUUCUCAUGGCUGGGAGGAAUGGUGAACUACCCAAAGCUAACACUCCAGCUAAUCCUGUCCUACAUAUUUAUGCCAAUUGCCUUCAUGAUGGGAGUAAGAUGGGAUGAGGCUGACAAGGUGGGCGAGAUGUUGGGGACCAAGAUCAUUUUGAAUGAGUUUGUGGCCUACAGGCAGUUAGCAGAAUACAAGAAUUUGCGUUUAUCAGGAACUGAGGAAUGGAUAGAUGGACAGAGGCAAUGGAUAUCGGAACGGGCAGAGGUUAUCACCACAUAUGCUCUUUGUGGAUUUGCCAAUUUUAGUUCUAUUGGAAUUAUGCUAGGAGGGUUGUCUUCUAUGGCGACUGAGCGCAAGGGUGACCUUGCCAAGGUGGUUCUUCGAGCCCUGUUAACUGGAGCCUGUGUAUCAUUUGUCAAUGCAUGUGUAGCAGGAAUUUUAUUUAGCCCUCGAGUGAUUGAAAACUGCAAAGAUUUAUUGACCAGUGGAAAUUUCAUUAAUGAGACAAGCUACACUUUUUAUUUUUGCUGUAAUAAUCUUUAUCAGAGCACUCAAAUAGAUAAUGGAACGCUAUCAUUCGUUGAUGGAUGGGAAAACUUGCCUAAUGCUAUCUUGGGUGCCGAAAAUUGCUGCAUGUUUUAUAAUAACUCUGUGUGCGAUGCCUGGAUAUAAAGUUUUAUGAUCAAGUAUGGAACAAUCAGAUGAGCAUGCAAGAGGACUGCACUAAAGAAUACAGUUCAUUUUUGCAUUAUCAUUCUGCUUUUCUGUCUGCCACAUGGAUUUCAUUAACUGAUUAGAGAAGAACUUGUUUUUACCUAUUACCUACCUCUUUCUGGAGAAAGCUUGUGUUGUGUAUAUGGAUGCUCCUACCCGAACUUGGAAAAAUUGACCCAGUUUACUUCAUGUUAUGCAGAACGAUUCCCCUGCUGAUAUCUCAGUGUUUCAUGCGGCCGAGAAUGUGAAGAGCCAGAGUUAUUGUGAGGUUUCAUGCUAAUACAUGAAGGCAUCUUUAAAUGGACAAAUACAGCUGUUUACAGCAAAGACAGCAAACAUACAUUGUUGUGUACAGGUAUUGGGCCUGUAAUCCAGAAUUCUCAGGACCUGGGGUUUUCCGGAUAAGGGAUCUUUCCAUAAUUUGCAUCUCCAUACCUUAAGUCUGCUAAAAAAUAAUUUAAAUACAUUAAAUAAACCCAGUAGGCUUGUUUUGCCUCCAGUAAGGAUUAAUUAUAUCUUAGUUGGAUCAAGUACAAGGUUCUGUUUUAUUAUUACUGAGAAAAAG